CGUUGUACAGUAGUAACAUAAUAAUCGAAACAGAAAUGUGUUAAUAUGUCUGUUCUUUUCGUGUAACAGUUUCAAACAGCACAGUAACAGAAUCAAAGGUCUGUGUGAUGUGUUUGAAAUAUCCGAAAUAUGACAAAGAAUGAAAUGAAUAUCUCGUACGCUGGUACACGCAGAGUUUCAUACUGCAGAGUUUCAUACUACAGUGAAACUCCUGUACCGAACAGCAGGUAGACCAGGUGUCACAGAUUAAUUUAGUGCCGUUGGAAGUCGCGGGACGAAAGGUGAGGUGCGAAGGAUUGUGUGUAUCAGAGGUGUUAUACUAUUCUGUGUGAAGUGAGAUAAACAGUUGCUGCCAGUUGUACAUACUAACUACUUACCAGAGAAUGUCCGUGGAAUUAAGUGAAUAAAAGAAUGUACGAGUAGGAGUGGGGCGUUGGCCUCAGCGAGUAUUGUGUUGUUGAAACAGUGUGUGAUGGCGUCAAGCAGGACGAGAUUGUGGCUGUUGUUUGUGUGGUGUGUAGGUUCAGCGAAUUGUCAGACCCAAGGCUCCAGAUAUUACAAUCGGGAUUAUCAAGAUCAUGAUUCGUAUGGCAAUACAUAUGUGUAUAACGACAGACGGUAUGGACGACCAAAUUAUCCGGGAGAGGACGAUUACAACAGAGGUUAUGGUGAGAAUGAUGGCCGAUAUCAUUAUCAGGUGCCUACUGGGAUACCACAGCCAGGAGUUAUGGCGAGAUGGCGGCCCGACUUGCAGGGCAAGCUGCGGCCAGACUCUUUGGAGCAGUUCAAAAGGGAUGGCUACGUGUACGUGAGCACAAGCUACUUCAAUAAGGUGCAGGGGUUCAAAGUGAACCUCUACGACAACCCUGACCCAAAGUCCGGCUACAGACCUGGCCUCACACCUGUCGAGAGGAUCAUGGGCACCACCACUGUUUUCCUGGGCAUUCCGUAUGCCCUGCCGCCCGUCAAGGAGGGUCGAUUCAAGCCUCCUCGCAGGCACACUGGUGCACAGCUGAUCCAAGCAGUAGACUUUGGACCCGCAUGUCCACAGCCUUCGCGCUACAUUGGUGCCACAAAAGGAAUCCUGGCUAUGGAUGAAGAUUGUCUCUAUCUCAAUGUGUAUUCGCCUCAUACUCACUCAGGACUUGCCCAGAAGUAUCCUGUAAUGUUCUACAUUCAUGGAGGUGAAUUCAUGAGAGGUGCAUCCAACCAGUUCCCUGGUCAUGUAAUGGCAGCCUUUUAUGAAGUUGUAGUGGUUACAAUCAACUACAGGCUUGGGGCACUUGGAUUUCUGAGUACAGGAGAUGCUGAUUCACCUGGCAAUUAUGGUAUACUGGACCAGGCAAUGGCUCUGCAGUGGGUGUAUGACAAUAUUGAUGCGUUUAAUGGAGACCGGGACAAGAUCACCCUGUUCGGACCUGAUGCGGGUGCUGCAUCUGCUGGACUGCUGAUGGUUGCUCCACGUUCAAGGGACUAUGUUAGCAAGGUCAUUGCUCAGAGUGGCUCUGCAGUGGCUGACUGGGCUCUUAUAGUGGACCGAUACCGGGCACAGAACACAAGUCGUGUGUUUGCCCAACACCUAGGCUGCAGUUUCGAUUCAUCAUGGAAACUUGUCAAUUGUCUGAAGCAAGGACGGAGCUUUGUCGAAAUUGCCAAUGCUGAGUUCCAGCCACAAGUGGGCAUUUUCCCUUGGGGUCCAGUUUUAGAUGGAAAUUUUAGUGUGCCAGGCGAUCAGUGGUAUGAAGGUUGGCAGGAGAAAGACUGGCAUUUUCUGUGGGAUACCCCAGAGGAACUCAUCUGGCGUGGAAAGUUCAACCGUGGUCUCAGUUACAUGAGUGGAGUCACCACACAAGAAGCUGCAUUCUUCAUAUAUGAGAAUGAAACACUAGCUCCAGAUUACACAGUGACUAGAAGUUUUGUUGAUGAGAAGAUUCGUGAGCUGGUACUGCGCUACAACUACACACUCAAUCCAGAUGGCAUUUACCAGGCCAUUAAGUACAUGUACACGUACUGGCCCGACCCAGACAAUAACUAUUAUGUUCGAGAAAAAUAUAUAGAAAUGCUGUCAGAUUUUCUGUACCGAGCCCCUAGUGACAAGAUGGCAAAGUUGCUGGUUGAACAGAAUGUUCGUAUUUAUUUGUAUGUCAUGAACACAACAAUUGAAGCAUUUAAAUGGCCUCUUUGGAGGAAAGUCCCACAUGACACAGAGCACUAUCUCCUGGCUGGUGCUCCCUUCAUGGAUGUGGAAUUCUUCCCAGCAAGGCCUAAGCUGGACCGGAACAUGUGGACAGACAAUGAUCGGAACAUGAGUCACUUUUUCAUGAAAGCCUACAGUAAUUUUGCCAGAGAAGGGAACCCAACGCACACUCAGAUUCUGGGACUCCACUUUGAAAUGGCAAGAGCAGGACAACUGCAUUACUUGAACAUCAAUACUACCUUUAAUUCUAGUGUGCUGCUCAACUACAGGCAAACAGAAACUGCUUUCUGGAGCACAUAUCUCCCCACAGUGAUUGGGCACCUGGUUCCAACCUAUCCGCCAGUCACUGAGUAUUGGUGGGAGCCAAAAGAGCCCCUGCAGAUUGCCUUCUGGAGUGUGACAUCUGCAUGUUUACUGCUGAUUGUGUUGGUUGUGAUCUGCUGCAUCCUCUGGAGGAACGCAAAGAGACAAUCUGAUCGAUAUUACAAUGGAGACAUUAUAGUUCUACGUGACGAUGUUGGAGAGCCUGGAGAAGGAAUUGAUAAUCACAGUGCAACAGUUGAGUAUCGUGACAUUCCAACACCUUCAAAAUUAAGCCAGACAAAACCCCAAAACAGUUUUGAUCCUCGACGGACUGCCAGUACACCAUCUCUCCGAAUAACAGGUAGUUCUGCUUCACUUAAGGAUUCGUCCAAUUUCACCACCAGUUCCCCGACAGGUGGAGUAAGGAAGCAAGGAACACCAGUCCCAGCUGUUAGGAAGCCGAAGACAAGAGUGGAUCAGGCAGGUGUUCCACAGACUGAAGUUUAGCAAACAGAUAAGUGUGAAAAUGCACUUAAAAGCAAGAACACAAAGAAAAGAAGUUUGGGUAAUUUGCAUAUGUGUAAGAAAUGAAGUCACAUGUUCCUGUAAUGCUUCUUUUUCCAUCACACGAACAACAGUAUUCAUUUAGGUCAUUACCAGUGACUGAUCUCUUACCCAUAAUGAAUAAUUUAUUUUUUGCAUAAUUUUUAAAUGCCUUUUUUCCAUCUGAAAUAAAUGAUUCAUUCAUGCUGUAGGAAUGAAGAUCACUUUCGAAGUGAGCCAAUGAAAAUAUAUUGUCAGAACCACGUAACUGCUUACUAGGCAGUUAAUUUAAAGGAAUGCGCUCUGAAGAUAUGAUGACACUGACUGUUGUCAGGGCUUGCCAAAGCAUUUGAUGAACUUGAGACCCUACACUUUGACAUCUUGGUAAGGGGUAUUUUAAAUUUCUGGAUAGUUCAAGCAAAUCUGGUUGAAGGAUUAGUAUGUUGAUGAAAGUAGGAGUCCAGAAAUGUACUCGCUCAAUUGCAGUGAAACACGGUGAAUUGAUGGUGAAUGCCAUUUUGACCUUUGUUUUAUGGUUAGUGGAUUUAAAUAGUAUUUUUGGUCUCAUGAAUGAAAGUGUGCGGGUCUGUAGAAAUGAAACGUGUAGAAAUUACAGAAAAUUAUUGGAGGUGCUAAAAAAGUGGAAUGUGGAAUGUUUUCUCAAAGAAACAAACUGUCCAGUUUCUGAAUUCAGUAGAUGGUCAUUUAAAAUAUGUAGUUAUAAUGUAUAGCAUUUUGUUGUUAAUUUCACUCGUAAUAACUUCUAAGAAAUGGAUAUUUUUCAAAUUAAAAAUAACUGACUUGAGACAAGUGUACCUGAAGAAAGUCUGCAUGUACUUGCCAUAAUCAUAUUUGGAUUAAAAAGAUAUUUCAGAAGGGUUUGUGGCAAUAAAUCAAGGGAGACCAAUUACAGAAAGUCCAUGCAAUGCUGAUACUGUGUUAUUAAAUAUAUGAAAUAUAAAGUGCCUCACACAGGCGGAUUUGUCUUAGGGCUGGCCUGGGCUCUCAAGUCUUGUUAAGUACAAAUGAUUAGAGAGAACUAUUUAUCUUUGAGUGAAAUAUUCUGAUCAUUGCUGAGAACUGAGGCAAAAUAUUUAUAGACACGUACAGCAAUUUGUAUUUAUCUGAAAUGGUUACACAUCUGUGCAUAAAGUGACAAGCUUCAGUAUAAUCAAAUCAUACAUAAAGUGAAUGUGAUGUAAAAGAAAAUCUCCAUGAAAUUGUCCUUCCAAUGCAAAGUAUUUUCUGUCUCUGGCAUACAGGGAAGUUAGCAUAAAAACAUAAGAAUUAGAAUAUACAAAACUAUAAUUUUCAUGACAGACACAUUUAGGCCAGGCCUCUGCAGUCACAUGAUAACUGCUGUGUUAAAUAAAGAAUGCACUUCUGCAGUUUAAAAGAGGCACUGUUCCUUGUUAGGUAACCUUUAACCACGCAGAAUAUAAGCUCUGUAAGGUUCAGGUUUCAGUGAUGAGGUGGUAUCCUCAGAACAUAUGCAUUCCUUUGUGUGUGCUUUCAUCAGUGUCUCACUAGUCAUAUAAUAUCAUUUUUUGUGCUCUUCAUUUUUUCAGUUAAUUCCAGUUUUAUCAUUUUGACAGUACAUACACAAGCAUGCUCUUUCAACAACUUAAGAAUGUUAUUCUUUUACCAUGACAUAGUCAGAAUGUGUUCUAGUUUCACACCGUGAUGUGAAGGGUUAUCCAUGGCUGUCAUACUGUUAUGUUCAAAUUAUGGGGCGAGAGAUUGAAACCAUUACAAAAAAUCCUUGUCUUUUCUUCAUGAUAAUCUCAAAUGGAAUUCGGUUAGAAAACUAACUAACGUCUGUCCACAGAUCCCAGCUCACUGCCAGUGUGAACAGUAACCAGUUCCUUACAUUUACAUAUGGAUUUUUGAGACCAGUGGAAAGACCCAGGAGAAAUCCUUGUUUCUUGCAUUUUACUGCAGUAUCAGUCUAACCUUCAGAUGUCAUACAUGUAUGUCCCCCAUUGCCCCAGGUUUCGUCUAGAAAACAUAUCAUAUGACUGGCACUACAAAAUACUUUAUGUCCUGCAAGUAUUUUUUGUUUCUCUCCAUAAUACAGUGUCGUCCUUAUGCAAGAAUAUUGCGUUUCACUGCCUUGUCAUAAACUUAAAACCAGUGCCCUUUAUCAGUCUGCACAGUGUUCUACUGAAAUUCGGCAAAUCCUGAUCAUUCUGAUCACUAUUCAAUGAACGCAGCACGCUUCUCACUGCAGAUGGUAUGUUCCUGAAGAAUUUGUCACCUUUUCUUCCUUACUACAAAUUUGACAGAACUGUCAUAUUUUUUUAUUCCAUUUUAUACACUGGUGUGUUCUUCCUCAGUGUCUUCCAUUGUUGGCACUGCCUUCACUUAAUUUUGUAAAACAGUGCAAUAUACAGGGAGAUCGAAAAGUUGCUCACAUCACACCAAGCAAUUUUAUUUUGCUGGUUUUAUGCACAAACUACAAGACAUACAGCACUUACUAUUAAUGUUUAUAACGUUACAUCUUAGAAAUGCAAAAUCAAAUCAUGUCUUUACAAUGUAUGCUCAAAAUGACUUCCCUGUUCAGCAAUGCAUGCACAAGCUCUUUUUACCAUGUUUGAGGCCACUUUGUGGAGCACCUGUAAACUGA